AUGUCACUGCUAGCUUGUGAGUGGACUGCCACCCAAAAAUAUUCAGAGUAAUUCUCUGGUGAAGGGCUGGAGGAUGGCUAGUAUAUCUGUGCGUUACCAAGAAGGGCGGAAGUCUUAAGUAAACGCUAGCAAGAGAUGGACCAGCUUGAGAAGGCCUCCCAGAAAUCCAUGCUCCAUCCCAAACCAAAAGGGCUAAUGUUGCAGUAUGGCACAGCAGGGUUCCGCACUACAGCGAAACACUUGGACCACGUGAUGUUCCGCAUGGGCCUGUUGGCCACACUGAGGUCCAGAAAGACCAAGUCCACCAUAGGAGUCAUGGUCACUGCUUCUCACAAUCCAGAGGAAGAUAAUGGACUGAAACUGAUUGAUCCUAUGGGGGAGAUGGUGACCCCAUCCUGGGAAGGCUAUGCCACACAGCUAGCCAAUGCAGAGCAGGAGGUUUUGUGCUCUGCUUUGAAGGACAUUAUUGAGAAAGAAACCAUCAACAUGAGUGAGACAGCAAGUGUCUUUGUAGGCAGAGAUACCAGGCCAAGUAGUCAGAGAUUAUCACAGGCUGUUUUGGAUGGGGUUUCCUGUUUAGGAGGGCAGAUUCAAGACUAUGGUCUUGUGACCACACCUCAGCUGCAUUAUAUGGUCCGCUGUCGUAACACCCAUGGUUGCUAUGGUACCGACACAUUACAAGGCUACUAUCAGAAACUCUCCCAGGCAUUUAUUGAACUCACUAAGAAUGCCCGGAAUCACACUGACGAUCAGAAGCGGCUGCUGGUGGAUGGGGCCAAUGGGAUUGGUGCACUGAAGGUGAGAGAACUGGAGGCAUGUCUCCAGUCUGAACUGCAGAUGGUGCUCUUUAAUGAUGGCAGCAACGGCAAACUGAACUACCUGUGUGGAGCUGACUACGUGAAAGUACAGCAGAAACCUCCACAAGGAAUCAAUAUGGGGGCAGGUGAGCGUUGCUGCUCAUUUGAUGGUGAUGCUGAUCGUAUUGUUUACUAUUACAACGACUCAGACGGAAGCUUCCAUCUAUUGGAUGGAGACAAAAUUGCUACUCUCAUUAGCACAUAUCUCAAAGAGCUUCUGACUCAGGCGGGGCUUAACCUACAGAUUGCUGUUGUACAAACAGCAUAUGCUAAUGGAAGCUCCACACAAUACUUGGAAGAUAUAAUGAAGGUCACCGUGAGCUGUACGAAGACAGGAGUGAAGCAUCUUCACCACGCAGCUCAGAAAUUUGAUAUCGGAGUUUACUUUGAAGCCAACGGUCAUGGAACGGCUCUGUUCAGUGAAAAAGCAGAGAAGGAAAUUCAGCAGCUAGUCAAAGACCCAAAUGUGAGUGAUGAAAAGAAACAUGCAGCAAAGCUUCUGGAGAACACAAUCAACCUCAUCAACCAGGCUACUGGUGAUGCUAUUUCAGAUAUGCUGGUUAUUGAAGCUGUGUUGGCCAUCAGAGGGAUGACUGUUCAGGAAUGGGACAGCAUUUACACAGAUCUGCCAAACCGGCAGCUCACAGUCAAGGUGGCAGACAGACGUAUGAUAGACACAGCAGAUGCAGAGCGUCGUGCAGUAACGCCAGCAGGUCUACAAGAUUCCAUAGAUGCUCUGGUUAAAAAGUACACGAAAGCUCGAGCUUUUGUCAGACCCUCAGGCACCGAGGACCUGGUCAGAGUGUACGCUGAAGCUGAAACACAGGAGAGUGCAGAUGUCUUGGCACAUGAAGUAAGUCUGGCUGUAUACCACAUGGCUGGAGGAGUUGGAGAGAAGCCAAAGCCCUUAAAGUGACCACGCAAACACCCUCCUAUAUCUUGCACUUCAGUGAUAUACAUAUAUGCAUGCAUAUGCACACAUGCCUUCAAAAGGGAGAACCCAGUGAUUUUUAAAUCAACAUUCUCCUGUGAAUACCAAUAGCAGAUUAGUGUUUAUGAUAGUACUGGAGGUACUUAAUGUACCAGAUAUUUUAUGGUGGGUAUAAUGAGCUUUGUCUACAAUCAGGGGCCUUUCAGAAGAUUAUGCAGGUGUUGCUACAUACCUUCUGUUGCCCUUUUCUGUAGGUUUCAUGGGACACUAACUAGGUUGGUUCUGAUAGUGGAAUUCUUUGUGCCUCUGAGUGUUUUGUGUUAUUUUUAUUUUUUGUCACUUGGAUCCAUUAGAAGUUUAUUUUGACACUGCCACAUAAAAUAAUCAUAGUAUGAAGGAAAUGGAAAUAAAACAACCUGAUGGAAAAAAAGCUCUAAAGUUCAUUUUUAGUCUGUUUGUUGUUUGUGAAAGGUAACAGCUGAACCCAAGUUAUUGCUCACUGGUUUAAAUAAAUCACAAUUUGCUAUCAGUCUUAUCAGUGUAUAAACGUUAUGUGAUUGCAAGAUGAGAAUUAAAUUAUUCUGAUAAAUAUUAAAGAGAAAAGGAAGCUGUAAAUUUAAAGAAUGAUAAAUAGGGUAUCAAAUGUUCUGGAAUGGCAUAAUGACAUGUUCCAGAAUGAUAUAUACAUUUAUAAAACUAUACAUGUAUAGGAAAUGUGUUCUGAAUAUAAAUUAUGUUAUCAUAAAAUUACAACACAAAAUUAAAGUAGGAGAUCAAAUCUUAAGGCAGAUUAUCAAAAUUGAAUGCUGUGUAAUGAGUUAUUAUUGCAUAUAAAAUAAUAGUUUGUUCAUAUGGCAAGUAAUUCCAAAGUUUUGAACAGAAGUUUAUGCUUUCUUUCUAGGUAAAGGGGAAUUCAGACAUUUUUAGAAAAAAAAAAAAUUAGAAUUCAUUGGCUGAGAUGUAGACAAAGAGAAACUUAACGACUCAGAUUUCUUUACAAUGGUCGUGAUGGGAACCAGAAGCUGCUGUGCGCACAAUGCAAAUGUGGCAUUUUAUUUACUAUACAAAACCACCAGUGAACCUGCACAUCUGCUACUUUAUGUGUAAUUCUGACAAUAAAAUAGUAAAAUAGUGGUAAAUCUGUAAAAAUUAUUUGGGGACUUGUUCCUUUUAACAUCCUGCAUGUACCUCCCCACCAUGAAUGGCUUUUAAAAAUAAAAUUUUUGACAAAAGAUUUAUCUCAAAACUGUUUGGGGCAUGAGGCAGUGUAUUUGUUAUAAUUUCUUCUAAUAACUUUCUGUGAGAUUGCUCUUAGAGGCUCUUCAGAUGUCUGGUUCUGGAACGGAUGAUUGCACAUCAAAUCACUCUGAAUUACAGAAAUAAAACAUUCUUUCUGACAAUGAAUUUAUCCAAGACUACUUAAUGCUUUGCACUCAGGUUUAUUUCUUGUAUGUAUCUUAACAGGUCCAGAGGAGCCAGUGGAGGUUAAAGGUUUCAAUACAGUUAGCAGUUUUAGUCAUAACAGAAUUGCACCAACAGAGGAGGUAGAUACUGAGGAGUAAGGCUUGCUCUACAAUUUCUUAUCAGGAUAAAGUUAAAGCUUAUGAUUUUGUAUGUGAAACUUGUUCAUGCUAUCUCUAGUAGAAUCCAUUCUCUCCUUCGCUCACCGAUGAGAAAAAGAAUCUUUUCAAGCUGAACCUUUUGGAGGUGUAAUGCAAUCAUUUAAAACUAUAGAAUGUAGAAUCUUUUUUGUAACAAUAUAACUAAUUAAAGCUAUGCUAUGUUCUAGGUUUGUUAGUUUCAAGCCUGCUAGUGGAAUGGAGGAAGAAAGUGGAUUCUGGUAAAGAUAUGGAUUUAUGCAGUAGAGAAAGGUUAUGCAGUUUCCGUCUACUCCUCUGUCUCAUCUGCUGCUCCGGAGAUGGUGAUGGUGCGUUCCUGUGUGUCACUCUGAACAUUGUUCUCCUCUGUCUUAACUGUUCUAAACCAAAAUAAAGAUGGCAUUAGUGGCAAUUAUUAAGAGUCUAUUACAGAAAUACCCUUAUAAAAACAAAAAAAUCAGAAUAUUUAAACAGCACUUUAACUGAGAAAUCGUGGGGGUAAAAAACCUACACAGCUUACCAAGUUCAAGCAUUCUCUACCUGUCCAGAAAAUGACAUUCUAAUAAUGUAGUAAAACAGUAGGGUUUAGUUUAAUUGAUUCAGUCCAUCCUUCAUAUGAAUGCUCUGAACAUUAUAGCAGAUAUAUUUACAUCAGUGUAUUCCAUAGAAAGGCUUCUAUAUUUUGUAAAAGGCAUUCUCUAUUCUCUAAUUUAACAGGCAGGGAUAUAUUCCAGAAUCAAUCUAUGCCAUCCUAAAGCUGAAGGGACCCUGUCAGUAAUCCAGUGGUGUAGUAUAUUUCUCCUGCUGCAAAGUUUUAAAUAAAACGUUUUCUCCUAUGUACAUCCACAGUAUAUUUACUAGGGAGACCCAGGACAAGAGAGUGGAUCAAGUUUGUUUCUCCUCUAGUAUUUGCUCUAUUUCCUGUAAAACAUCUCUCCACUGUCUCUACAGUUUGGGGCAUAACCAGCGACAGUGAGGUGAGGCUUCUGGUGUCUGUUUUACCUAUAGGACAUAAAGGGGAUAUGCCAAAUUUGAAUUUGGAGAGGGGAUAUGUGUACUCUAUGAAAAUCUUAAAUUGUAAAGCUCUUGCCAAAUUACGUAUUGUCAUUUUCUUUGCAAUAUUCCAAAUGUUUCCCCAUAUCUUUUCUAUGAUUUCUAGCCCCAGUUCCCUCUCCCAUGUCAGUCUCACGUGCUCAGUACUAACACAAGAGUAAGAUUUAAGAAUGGCAUAAGAAGUGCUGUGCUACCACGUUUGUUUUUCAGUAAGUGAGGCCGUACAGUCAGUGAGUAAUGCAUUUUUUUUUCUUUAUUAAGUCUUGUAUUUGAAAAUGCCAGAAAAAAGGUCUUUUGCAUAUUGGAUUGUAUUUUUCCCCUACUUGAUUAAAGGCAGAAUUUUCAAACAAAUCACACAAGACCCUCAGAGGCCCAGUGUUCAAAUCCAACAUCCAUAACACAUGGAAUUAUAAUUGGGAUUAUCAGCAAUCAGAGUGAAAACAGAAGUUGGUCUAUUUCUCUGUUCAGAGCUUCACACUGUUCUAUACACUUCAACUGUAUUGACUGUAUUCCUUAACAACCUGUUCUAAUAUUCUUUUACUUAAGAGCAAACUUUCCAAUAGCAUUUUCCUGUAGCAUUUAUUGGUAUGGCAGAUUUAAAAAUGAUGGUUUGGUGAAAAUAAUUUAGUUUUGUUUUUUUACCCUAAAUAUAGUCCAGUCAGUAUUCUUUAGUUUUGCAUUUGAAAUAUGAGUAGCUAACAAUGGAAGCUUAUUCCUAAACAAUUAGCAGUGCAAACUGCAAAUUGUAAUUUAUUUGGCCAAACAAUCAUUUUAAUGGUGUGUCCUUUCGUGUGUCCUUUCUACUUUUACCUAAUAAGGACAGUUUUCCUCUCCGUCACCUCCACGGCCUGCUCGUGGGUGAACUCCUCCAUUGUCCCCUGGCGGCCAGUUGAGGAAGAUGCUACCUUUGACAAAGCUGUGGCCGUUCCACUAACUGCCCCACCGGCUGCUCCAUUGGUCACCCCACCCAGAGCUCCACUGAGACCAACUCCGGAGGCACUGACAAGUCCAGUGCUGACAAACGUGCUGCUGCUCAUCAGAGACAAGCCACGCACCAUGGCUGUCAGGCGGCUAUCCUCACCCUCAAUCAGCUUCCUGAAGACCAGUAAAAAGAUGAAAGCCAAUUAACUGUCUUUUCUUGGUCUCAUAUUAAUCACUUAAACAUGAUUACCCAUUCCCUUGAAAGUGAUUGAGUUCCAAAAAAAAAAAAAUAUGAAAUCAACUUCAUGGAGUUCAGAGCCUCAAUUCAGGCACUGUACAUUAGAGCGUACAUUAGAGGGCGUAUACAAACGUAUGAACACUCAAAUUACACGUUUUCUUGAUUUAUUAAGUGAUGAUAAGUUAAUACAUCCUCUACGGGGAACAGACAUAAUGUCGCAUUUUUCACAAUCUUCAGUGUACAAUGUGUAAAAUCUUGGGAAAAAAUUUGACAAAUUAUGAAAUGCACAAUUUUACAGUGCAUAUUUUAUGUUUUAUUAUUAUUUAAUUUGGUAUGAGUAUGUAUAUUUUAUUUUCACUUAGAAAAUCAACAAAAUGUAAUUUGGCCAGGGGCACUCAGACGACAAUGUCAUAUGUAACAUGAUAUUGAUUUUCUGCAUUAUAUUUGACAGAUAAUGACCAUUACAUCAAAGAAAUAAGAGUCAUGACAUAGCAGUGCACUGACAAGAUGAGUGUUGUUUAUUCUUUUAAUUCUAUUUUGUGUAUUUGUGAUACCCAAGACUUGACAGUAUGCAAUUCUUUAUUAUUUUAAAAGAACAGUUUAAAAUUCACAAAAAUUAAAUAAAUAGUAAGUAGUAA